AUGCCUCCUCGGAAGCCUCGGGUUGCCUCACACAGUGCGCUGGACCAGGAAACGAGCCCAGAAGAGAGUCAAGGGGCUGGGGACAAGGCUGCACACAAGAGGAAGCUGGAUGAUGGAGCUGGGGAUGUGUCAACAGCCUCCAAACGUGGUAGGAAGCAGCCACAGACCACAGGUGGGUUCAAAAACCCGUUUGCAGCACUAGAAUCCGUGUCAACACCUCCAAUUGGUCAUAAGACGGCGCCAGUAGCUCACCUAGUUCCUCCGGAAUCCAUCCCGCCCCAUCCGCCGCAGUCAUUCGACGCUAUGUUGCCACAGGACCAGCGUUAUGAUGCAUAUAUGCGUCCUGAUGCGAUGGAGGCAAAGCUGUCAGAAGUAAACAAUCGUUCAUCUGGACCUGCAGACGUACCCAUCGAUCCUGCACUUCAGGCACCACACGAGCUAGACACGCCGUCACUGAUACAAGGCUACAACCCAGACACCGAGAGAAUGCCGCCUCCCGCUAUGAAUCAAUCAAUCCCAUUCACGUUAGCGAGUGCUGCAAUCAUCAAGAGUCCGUUUGAUACCUUGUCUACACGUCCGACUGGCACCAAUCCCUUCAACAUGUUGUUGAGCACCCGAGAGCGAUCUGCUACGCCACAAAACACCAAUUCAAUUUCACCGACACUAACGAGUUCAUCACUCACAUUGUCUACAGCUUUCACGACUCCAGAUGGCUCGCAUUCAUCAUCUGUAGCUUCGCGUGUAUCAGCAACCAAUAGAGAGGGUGCAGGAACUGCGAGUCUCACCAAACCGACCAUUGGCACAUGA